AUGGAUUCACAACAUCGCCAGCAGCCGCUUGGCGGCAGCAGACAGCCGCCGCAGGGCCAGCAUCACCAGCAUCACCAACAUCACCAACAUCACCAACAUCACCAACAUCACCAACAUCACCAGCAGCAGCAGCAGUAUCAUUAUCAGCAGGGCUACUACUACCCGCCGCCGUAUCAGCAUUACCAGCAGCAGCCGCCGGAGGAAGAGGAAGAGGAAGAAGAAGAGGAGCAGCAGCAACAGCGACAGCAGCAGCAACAACAACAACAACCGGAGCAGCAGGAGGAGCAGCAACAGGAGCAACAGGCGCCGCCGUCUGGGGAUGAUGGCCGGCCGGCCUCGUCUGAUGCGCCGUCGCCGCAAGCCGCGGACUCGAGCAGCGACGACGGGCUAGACGAGGCCUAUGCCGACUCGACGGGCGAAGGGGAGAUGAUGGGCGACGAUACCAAGACGCUGUCGACGUACAUCACCAGAUAUCGCUAUGAGAACGGCCGGCGGUACCACUCCUAUCGCGAUGGAGCCUACUGGGGACCGAACGAUGAGAUUGCAAACGACCAGCAGGACCUCGCGCACCACAUGUACCUCUUGACCCUGGACGGCAAGCUGCAUCUUGCGCCCAUCUCCAACCCCCAGAUGUAUGUUCCCCGCAAGUGGUGUGUACUGACAGCCCGCAGAGAUAUAGCCGACGAGUAUCCGAGUGCAAAGGUCACUGGCGUCGACCUGUCGCCCAUCCAGCCCAGCUUUCUGCCUCCCAACUGCACCUUUGAAGUAGAUGAUGUCACCCUCUGCCCCUGGACAUACCCCCAGAACCACUUUGACUUCAUACAUGUCCGGGAGAUGUUCGGCUGCAUCCCGGACUGGGAUGAGUUCUUUCAGCAGUGCUACCAGUGCCUCAAGCCCGGCGGAUACAUCGAGAUGGUCGAGCACUCCGUCGAACCAACCUCGGACGACGGCUCCGUCGGGCCUUCGCACUUUUACACCCUGUGGGGGAAGACCGUCGUCGAAGCCGGCGCCACCUUUGGCAAAUCCUUUACCAUAUGGAAGGAGAGCAAGGAGCGCCUCAAAAGAGCAGGUUUCGUCGACGUCGUCGAGGUCGAAUACAAGUGGCCUAUGAAUGGAUGGAGUAAAGAUCCUAAACUACGGGAACUUGGCCGUUGGAACCAAGUGCGACUACACGGUGGUGUGGAGGGAUACAUGCUCCGGCUCCUCACCACAGCUUUAAGAUGGCCGUACGAAGAAGCACAGCUCUUCCUUGCCCAAAUGCGUACCACUCUCCGGGACUAUAAGACAAACGCAUAUCUACCAGGAACAAUAAAGCUCACCAUUGCUUUCUUGCACCUCCCUACCCUUCUUCUUCUUCUCUCUCUCACCAUCCCCUUCCUAUCUCCCCCUGCCGACUAUAGUUGUCGACAUGGCAUCCUAAUAUCUCAUUCAUCUUUCAAUUUCAAAAAGCAUGUUUUCAUUUCACACUUGCUUGAAGCAAUGGGAAACUCGCCUCUGGUUGAUGCCAACUCCCCACCUUUUCUCCCUCCAUACAUUCAAUACAUAUAUAACUACUCCUUUACCUUGCCCCCCGUUCAGAGAGCGGCCACCUUACUUUCUUUGCUUUCCCCCCUCCCCCUCCUUACUUCCCUUUUCUUCUAUGUUUGCUUCUCCUUUUUAUCAUAG